GAUAUUGACCCAAACCUAUUUGCAAUUGCUACAAUUGAAAAUCUUAAUAGAUAUUUCUCUAAUUGUAAAAUUUUAAAUGCAUUUUGCAUUUUUGAUCUACAAAACUUAUUAGAAAAGGAAUUAUUAUCAAAUUAUAAAAAUGAUAAAAUUUAUAUUUUUGCUAAAUAUUAUAGGAUAAAAAAAACUAGUAAAG